UGAUUGGUUCAACUGAGUAUAAAUACACCCCUUAGAAAAAAGAACUUCAUUGCACAGUCUGACAGGCACUUGUUGAUAUUCAUCAUGGUUAUUUAUAUGCUUGCAUUUUUUCUCCUGUUGGAAGGUGCUCGUGGAGAGGUCAUACCAGUUAAUCAAGAGGAGUGUAUUCGUGUAAACAACGUUCUCAGAAACCUACACAACGGCACCAAACCAGUAACAUGGAGUAGCACAUUGGCAACACACGCGCAAGAAUGGGCUAACCACCUUGCGUUGGUCGGAAAUUUGCAGCAUGCUAAAAAUAUAAACGAAGGAGAAAAUCUUUACUGGACUUCUGGGACGGGUACAUGUGCUGAUGCAACGUUGAGUUGGUAUGACGAAUAUAAGGACUACGACUAUAGCACUACAAAAUCCGCAGGUGGAGCAAUUGGUCAUUUCACACAAGUAGUGUGGAAACCUACAACCCAUAUUGGCGUUGGGAUUGCUAAGAGUAGCAGUGGCACAUAUAUAGUGGCGCGAUAUUCUCCUCAAGGAAAUUUUGUUAUGAUAAAUUAUGGGGAAGACUAUACUACUGCUAGACUACGUGUUUACACUAAAGAAGUUGCACAAAGAACAGAAGGAGCAAAAACUCCUUCAAUCUACGAAUUGAUACCUUCACGAUGUGUUGAUGGUUUGGAUGGACGUUGCGUUGACUACAAGAGCUAUUUCAGUUGUGAUCACAGCUACGUUAAGUUUCACUGUCCAUUACUCUGCAAACAGUGCUCAGUAGCUUCUGGAUAAAAAAUUACCAUUGCAAUUCUGCAGAAAUUCGCUGUUGUUUUUUGAGUUGUAAUGAUUUGGUUUGGAAAUACGAUAUGCUUUUUUUUGGAAAUAUGAUACAUAAUUACGUGCGAUAA